GGUUCCACUGAUCAACGCCCAAACUUAUGAAUACACACAUUUAUCUCCACGCGAGGCCGCGUUUCAGUGUUCCUAAUGUUUGUGUUUAUAAGCGGGGCUAUGCGCUAGCAGGGUUAGCACCUAAAGCUAGCGCUGCACUGGGCAUGUCUGGAUGUGCUGUCUGUACGGCUGCGCUGACUGCAUGCCCCUCCGUGUCUGACUUAGCUUUUAGGUGUUUUUUUAUUUUAUUAUUUUUCUUUUAAUUUGUACGAAUUUCAUUUCCUUCGUCACGUCGACAGUCGUAAACUACAACCACGCACUUAAACUUACGGUCGUCUUUUAGAUAUAGCGCCGAAGUCAGGCUUGUUUCCAUGUGUUGGUUCUGUGAUGUAAAUGAAGCUACAUUCGUGGCGGCAGCGGUGAAGCCUCUGGUUUUACCAUCGAAACGGCGGUAAAUUAAUGACUAUUGUGCAUUUUGAGCACUGAACUGGUUUCCAACAGGGGAACCGUGGACCCGCUCAGCCCUCGACUGAACCCCUCCUGUCACUUCCACAAACACGGAAAACUGGGAGCACGUCGCUUUAAUUCAGACGCCAUCCCCCCCAGUGGAGGAAAAAGGCGCACUUCUAUUGAAAAGAAAAUCGCCCGGAGAGACGAGAGAAGACGGUUAUGAAGUACUGAGAGUGGAGGCAGCUGUAGCGUUAUGACCUUGGUCUGUAUUAUUGCAGCAUGAGGAAACAUGUACCACAGAAAGCUAUAGAGUGGAAAGAUGCCAAACGGAUCAAACAGGCCCGGAGUGGACGCCCCUCCAGGGUUCCCUCACAGUUCCAAGGACACUUCAGUUGGGAGAAAUACCUCAGAGAAACCGGCACCGUCGCUGCACCCGCGUCCUGCUUCAGACAGAGCGCCACCCCUCCAGUAAAUGAGUUCAAGGCCGGGAUGAAGCUGGAGGCCCAGGACCCUCGGAACACCACCUCUACCUGCAUCGCCACGGUGGUUGGCCUGACGGGCUCAAGGCUGCGGCUGCGUUUGGACGGGUCCGACAACAAGAACGACUUCUGGCGCCUGGUGGACUCCUCGGAGAUCCAGCCCAUAGGCAGCUGUGAGAAGAAGGGAGGGAUGCUGCAGCCACCGCUGGGUUUUCGUCUGAACGCGUCCUCGUGGCCCAUGUUCCUUCUGAAAACACUAAACGGAGCGGAGAUGGCACCUUCUCGCAUUUUUCACAAGCAGGAGCCCCCUGCCCCAGAACAGAACUCCUUUCAGGUCGGUAUGAAGCUGGAAGCGGUGGACCGGAAAAAUCCUCAUUUCAUCUGUCCGGCAACAGUGGGCGCUCUGCGCGGGGCCGAGGUGCUGGUCACCUUUGACGGCUGGAGAGGAGCCUUCGACUACUACUGCCGCUACGACUCGCGGGACAUCUUCCCCGUCGGGUGGUGCGCCCUGACUGGAGACAACCUGCAGCCACCUGGAACCAAAGCUGUGUUACCAAAGUCUGUCGGAGGAUUGACAGACGGCAGUGUCGAGAGUCAAGCCAUGCAUCCCAGUCCUUCGGUGGGCCGACCUCCGGGUCAAAGAGGACGGAAGCCAGGGAAAGUAAAGGUCAAAGGUGCCCUUGGUGACAAGGCCUCAGGUUUGGCACCACAAACUGUCCAGUCGAACAAAGAGGCUGGACUUUUCAAGGUCCCCAAGAAACGAGGACCAAAGCCAGGAUCAAAGAUGGCCUGGAAAAAGAGAGCGGGUUGGCUGGAAGACUCCAUUGCCGUCCCAGGAAGGUCGGUAGCAGGCCCAGGGAGAACGAGGGGCAGGCUGCCCACCAACUCAGCACAGAGACUGGGACAACAGGCCCUCACUCAACCCACAAAGAUCCCAAAGAAGAGAGGGCCGAAGCCUGGGAGCAAGAGAAAACCACGGCUGGUCCCUAAUCCCGUCCCAACGUCUCCCAUCAGUAGCACUCCAGAACCUGACACCAGCACCGUGCCCCAGGACAACGCCACCAUCCCCAACUCUGCACUCCAGGCUCCCACAGUUUGCGUCUACCUGAACAAGUACGGGAAGGUGGGGCCCCAUUUAGACCAGAGGCGUAUCCAGCAGCUCCCAGAUCAUUUUGGACCGGGCCGAGCCUCCUCCGUGCUGCAGCAGUGCGUCCAGGCCUGUGUGGACUCCGCCCACAGCCAGAGCACCGUCUUUUCUUGUCUUAAACCUGGUCAAGGCGGCGAAGUCAUUUCUGCCUACUUUGACCAGCAGCAGCACACCCUGACCCUUCCGACAGUCAGCAGUGUCACUUACGUCCUGCGCUUCCUGGAAAAGCUCUGCCACAACCUCCACUGUGACGCACUGUUUGGGAGCCAACCUGUGUCCAGAGGAGGCCUUUACUACAACAGUCACACCUACAGCCCAGGUGAGUCCUUCACAGAGAGGAGCAUCACUGCAUCAGAGCGCUUCAAAAAGGGACCUCUGUCUGUGGAGCUGAGGUCUCCCACAAAGAGCCUGCACCAUCCUGACUUCACUGGCUCAGGCAGUUUGAGUCCCAAGCCCAGCGGUCAGGACCCCAACCUGUGGACGGUGGAGGAGGUCAUGCAGUACAUCAGAGACAUCGAUCCAGUCCUGGCUCCACAUGCUGAUCUGUUCAGGAAGCACGAGAUCGACGGCAGAGCGCUCCUGCUGUUGCGCAGCGACAUGAUGAUGAAAUAUAUGGGGCUGAAGCUGGGCCCCGCCCUCAAACUAACUUUUCAUAUUGAUAAGCUGAAGCGCCCUUGAGGUCAGGUGACCUGAAGGAGGCGCUAAAAGGACUGAAGUCGAACCCCCGUCCCCCGUCCCCUUAACUUCUGUCUUCUGUUGUCGCAGCCCAGUCCUGACGUCGGCCAAUGAGAGACGUUGUUUUUGUGUAGCACAAUCCGUUCGCGGCCCGAUGAACCGGCUCACCGUGGUCUGUCCUACAUUUCAGUGUAAAGUCAAGAUGUUCUCCGUGGACACUGAGCUGCUCUGCUCUCACAUAUAAUCUGUACAUACCUCACAUUUUUAACCAUCGACCUGUAUUUUUGACUUUCUGUCUGAAGGUACUCACAAAACAGAGAAAAAUUUGGUAGAAAGUAAAAAAAAAAAAAAAAAAUUUAAAAACACUAAACUCAUCCUCAGACCUGGAGCAGAGUCUGACACCUGUUUCUGUUUAAGACACAGGUUUUUUUUUUUUUUUUAAAUAAGUGAAAAUGGUGAGGAUAAAAAAAAAACUUGUGUCUCAAACAAACUUUACUGGAUGUUGUUUUCAGUGGCUGGUCUCGCCGUUAUUUGUACUUUUUUUAUUUUUUGAUACUAUAAAAAUAAAGUUAUUAAAGUGA